GAAAAAAAAAUAUAUUUGUAAUUUAUAUUUUAAUAAUUUAAUUAUAUGGAAAAAAUUAUUUAUGAAUAAAAUUAUUUGAUGAGAAAUGCAAAUGCAAAUAUCUUUAGGAUUAAUUCAAGAUGAAAAAACAAAUUCAUCUUGGUCAAGGAAGGAAAGACGAAAAUGGUUUUUAUCAUUAUUAUGUGGUACUUGUCUUAUAUAUGCUACAAGAACAUCUGUUCCUUUAUUAAUGCCAAUAAUAAGUAGAGAAAAACAAUGGUCCAAACCAGACUCUGGAAUAAUAUUAUCUAGUUUUUUUUGGGGUUACACAUUAACACAAGUUGCUAGUGGUUAUAUUAGUGAUAAAAUUGGAGGACAGAAAGUUCUAUUAAUUUCUGCUUUUGGAUGGUCUAUGACAACAUUUUUUAUGCCAGAAGUUAUAGAACUUUUUUCAAAAAAUGAUAAUUCUGUAUUAUUAGUAGCAACAAUAAGAACGAUAAAUGGUGCAUUCCAAGGAAUGCAUUUUCCUAGUAUGAUUAGUUUAAUAAGUCAACGAUUACAUGAAACAGAAAGAGCUUCAUUUUUUAGUUUAUUAACAUCAGGAUCUGCUCUUGGCACAUUACUUACUGGAUCUCUAGGUUCUUAUUUAUUAGAAAAUUAUAAUUGGAUAACAGUUUUUCAAACAUUAGGAGGUUUAAGCUUGGCAUGGACAUUAUUAUUAAGUUAUCAUACUCUACCAUUUAAGGAAAAAGCAGCAACUAAAUCACCUACUACCUACACUUUGCCUUGGUUGAAGCUUUUAAAAAAGCCUCCAUUCUGGUCAUGUGUAAUAGGUCAUGCUUGCCAAAAUAAUUGUUUUUUUGUAUUAUUAUCUUGGAUGCCAAUGUAUUUUCAUGAUACAUUUCCAGAAGUAAAGGGUUGGGUUGUAAAUAUGGUGCCAUGGCUAUCUAUGUUACCUUGUACAUUUUUUGGUAAAGCCCUUUCCGAGAAAAUAAUAAAAGCAGGGUAUUCUGUUACAAUAACACGUAAAAUAAUUGAAACAAUAUGUUUUCUAAUUGAAGUCAUAAGUUUAUUAUUUUUAGGUAUGGAAAUAAUACUCCGUAAAAAAUUAUAUAAUAGAAUUAAAUUUAAAAUUAUUUCAGCAAAAGUGGAAACUUUUCAAAGUGCAAUAAUUUGUCUUGCAUUUAUAAUUGGUGGUUCAGGUUUUCAUAAUAAUGCAAUUGCAGUAAAUCCAUCAGAUCUUGCACCAAAACAUUCUGGAAGUGUAUUUGGAUUAAUGAACACUGUUGGUGCCAUACCUGGAUUUCUUGGAGUAUACUUUUCUGGACAUAUAUUACAUGUAACACACAGCUGGUCUGUUGUAUUUAUAUUUAUAGCUCUAAUAGAUAUAUUAGGAUGUAUAAUAUAUUUAUUAUUUGGUUCUGGACAAGCAAUUAUAUGAAAUGUUAUCAAAUUUUUUAUUCUUUCAAUUUAUUGUAAAUAAAUCUUGCCUUUAAAAUUAACUUUAAAAAAUUGUAUGAGUGAUUUUUAAAUAUAGAUAAAUAAAAUAUUAAUAAAAUCGAUUGCAUUCUGUGUAUAUUAAUGUUGUGUAUAUGAGAA